AUCACGAUGUGACGUGGCAAAACGCGUGCGUGACGUUGUUUCGCCUGCUUCCGGUAAGUCAAAGCCAUAGCAGAGCCACUGGAAGUGAGACCCUUGACCGCGGCUGGGGUCAACUGGGUGAUCGUCUGUUUGUGCGCUCAACGCGAGCAGCCUAUGUUUUUUUGUUGUUGUUGUUUCACGGCACUUUCAACCACUCCUCACCAUGGACCCCGAGCCUGAAGAGCGGUUGUGCUGAAGGAGCAACGAAAUGGGUUUUGAACCACACAGCGACACACCAUUUCGCGAUCCUGCGUUUCGUGCCGAGGAUGGCAGCAGUAAUCCACCACCACCUGAUUUGCCGGACUUCCAUGGCGAUGGCAACGAUCACGGGUGCGACUGUGGGCUUUGUGGAGCAAUGCCAACGGCCCUUGAGCAAGUCUGCUAUCGGGACAUACUGCAAGUUGUUCUCGAAAGUCCGGACGGCUGCAUAACUCGGCACGAAUUCCAAAGCGUGUGUCUGAGCUCCGCAGUGCUGCGCGCUCUCUAUUGUGAGCUGCAAGAGAACGGCGUCGCGGUUAAAGUGAGCUAGAAUAUGGUAGUGGGCUUGCUGAG